GGCGUCCGGGUUACUCUUGCUUUAGAUUACGUUGAGGAGUUCGCGUUGUUUCGCAUUAUUUGUUGAUCUGUGUUCUGUAGUUGGGUUAAAGUUUUCCAAUUAAUUUAGAACGUUGCUGAAUUUUUUUUCAAAGUGUUCGAAAAUGGCAUCCUUGCGUUGGUUUCUUCCGCUGCUCCAAGUUGCGAUUUUGUUUGUUGGUACCCGCGGUGAUGAUGCGCCUGCGGAAGGGGCUGAUUCGAACGACCAAGGAAAUGAGACGGUGGGUGGCAGGUCUUUCGUGCCACAUUUCCACGCCGCGUCUGCUUGUUCAAACGUGGUUUGCAUGAAUGGCGGUACAUGUUAUUCUACUGGCAGCAAUCAACCUAAUACAGCCAGGUAUCAAUGUCGGUGCAUACUUCCAUUUCAUGGUACUCACUGUGAGCAUGGCCAGAGAUCCAUCGUAAUUCCAAGUACUAAUCACUGCUAUCCGAAUCCGUGCAUGAAUGGAGGGUCUUGCUAUACUUCAGGAAAGGGAUACACAUGCCGUUGUGCUGGCUCCUGGAGGGGCACUCAUUGUGAAACACCGUUGUAUGUGAAUCCUGCAGUGGUGCGCAACACUCCGUGUACACAGGGCUUCAACCCUUGUAAUAACAUGUGCGAAUGUGUAAAUUCCUGCCGACAUUCUUCUGGUUAUUAUUGCCGAAGCGCAAAUGGCUAUUUGGGAAAGAAUUGCACGAUUCCUCCUCCAAACAUUCAAUGCUUGGCCAGUCAAAUCAUCGUUACCGUGGACGAUGCCUUUGUCCGUGAGUACGAUUUGGGAAUCGGGAACAGCAGGUUGUAUCUUGGUCGAAAUGGGGGCGGAAUUGUCGGUCAAGAUUGCUACGCAAUAACCAGCAGCGGCAUAUCUCACACCUUCACCAUACCUCUGCCUUUUGGAAAAUGCGGCACAUCUGUACAGGCAAUCGGAGGCAAAACCGUCGCCAACAACGUAAUCUGGUUAAACCGCUUCACCAAUGCAGCGUAUGACAUGCCUGUUCCAGUUAUUAAUUUCGAGUGCACAUACACUAAAGAAUAUAUUAUCGUGACGUCGCUCCAGCCCGCAAUCGACCAACCACCCACUCUCCGGGAAACCGGAUUCACUCGCGUGAGAGGAACUAUAGAACUUUGCAAAGUGUCGUCAUCUUGUCCUAACACUUGUCCGACAAAUUUUGCAGUAAGGGAAGCUGCAGUUUAUACAGUCGGAGAAAUGAUUCAUCUGAAUAUCAGGGGGGAUCAAAGCAUACAGGGAAUCGUCGCAUUGAAAACACUUUACCUCUCUUGUGACGCAAGUCCAAGCAAUGCAAUAGUAAGGCUUAUAACAAAUGGCUGCCCAGGAGGCUCACAGAAUUACAUGCCAACUCGAGUGACCUACAGUGGACGAUCUUCUUCAGUCUGUGCCUCGUUUCAAGUACCGAGAUUGCAAGGUUGUCCGGUCUUCUAUAUACACGCAGAAUUGGAAACCUGCAUUCCUUCAGUGGGCUGUACUUAUAAUCCUAGUACUUGCGGUCAGCAAAUUAUGCCCGGUCGUCGACGAAGAGAUUUAAACGAAACUGAACAUAAAGAUACAAAUGUUUUCGGCCCAAUUUAUGUUCUGUCCGGAGAGCGCGGCGUUCCCUACGAAACCUUGUUCCCGAACACCACUAUCGUAUCGUCUCCAGCUCAGUUUUUGGAACCGAAGCCAGCUUCCGAGAUUGUUCAAGAUUCCACAUCUCUCCUGCUCAUCGUCGGCUUGUCUUUGCUCUGCUUCCUCGUCAUACUAAGCAUUUCAGGAUUAAUUGUUUACCGCUCUCGGUACUCCAAAUAAUUUUAAAUUGUUUUACUUGUAUUUGAAUUACAAAUAAAAAACAUUGUUGUUUUUGCACAUAA